GAAGAAAAAAACAACAACAAAUUUGCAGGCCACGGAGGAAAAAUGCUCCACAAAAGAUGCAAUGGGAGGAAACCUUUCAUCACAGUGUUGUAUAUGGUGGCAGUUUGCAGUGGCGUCCCCAUCAGUGACCUGCUGGAGCGAGCCUCUCAGCACUCCGACAAACUACACUCGCUCAGCACAACGCUCACCCACGAGCUUGACUCUCAUUUCCCUCCUAUGGGUCGAAUGAUCAUGCCCCGGCCUUCGGUGUGCCACACGUCCUCAUUGCAGACACCCAGCGACAAAGAGCAGGCGCUUCAAGUGUCCGAGUCGGAGUUGCUCUCAUUGGCUCGUUCCUUGCUCCAGGCCUGGGUGGACCCGCUGGUGCUCCUGUCCUCUUCUGCUAACACGCUGCCUCACCCGUCUCAAAGCAAAAUAAUCAAUAAGAUUCAAGAGUUGCAAGAACACUCCAACAACCUGGGAGAUGGCCUGAACGUACUAUCUGGCAAAAUGGACCCUGCUGCUCAGAGCAUCUCCUCUCUGCCGUACAGAGGGGGCGCUGACAUGGGUCAGGACAAAAUAUCCAAACUCAUCAGAUUCCAGUUCCUCCUGUCCUGCUUCCGCCGGGACUCCCACAAGAUCGACAGCUUUUUGAAAGUCCUCCGUUGCCGCGCGGCAAAAAUGCAACCUCACUUGUGCUAAAGAGCGAAACACUCCACGGAAAACCUUGGAGAUUUUAUUUUAGUUUUGGCAAAGCUUGUAUCGUAAAGCAACUGUAGGCAACAAUCCCUAGCAAUAUGCAGCGUGCGUUAGAUUGCUGAUAUUAUUUAAUAUAAUAACAAUGAUGAUGCAGGGUGGUUUGUUAAGUGUCCACUCAUCUUUUGUCUGCCAAUCUGUUUUCACAUUUCACAACGUUAUUCAACAAUUAAAUGAGUCGGUUUUGUCGUUUACUCAAGACUGAAAAACAUUUGAUCACGGCCACCUAAUAUGUUAAAUUUUCUUUUUUACUUGGUGAAAAGAUUUGAGAUACAAUAAAAUACCAAGUGUGAUGCAACAAUAGCAAUAAUUCACAGUUUACAAGAAAAAAAGUCUCCCUUUUCCACGUUGUGAAUGAAAGUCACAUUUAAUUGUAACCAAAUUAAAACGAACUAAUGACAUCAUUUUUGCUGUAACUGUCAUAUCCUUGCGAUCAAGUGGCAUCCAGUUUUUAUUAUUUCCAGCUGGUCUGGCAUGAAUUGCUGAUAUUUUUAAGAGAGUAUAGAGUUCAAUGAAUAAUCAAUAUUUAUUUUUCUUGUUGUAUCUCCCCCGUUAUGCAACUACUGCAUUUGAUCAGUGAAAAAUGUGGUGUAUAUGAUUCACAUUGGCCACCAAUGAAGGGAUGAAAGGAUUUUGUCUGUAAUGCCUAUUUUGCAGCAUUUACACUGUAAUGAAACUUUUCCACAAGCUUUUUUUGUUUUUGAAAUAACUGAAAUGUUUUCUUUUGAAAAAAAUUAAAUA